AGUAUGGGAUGGCAUAUUUACAUUUCUUGCAUUUGGUGAAACAUGGCUGUUGUAGCAACGUGCAUAGGCUGCUUGGCCGUUCAGCGUCCAACAAUUUAACGGAUAAUGAAGGCGAUGUGUGCGUAGAAAAAUGUCUGCUAUGUAGAGCAUCCGGGCAGCAAUGAUGAUGGAACCACCGGUGGGCCGUUUGCCGCCUCUACGUGUCCUCCACGAGCAGCCUGCUCUGGACCUUGACACCCCUCCACCCUCUCCGGGUACCUCUUCUGAAUCCCUGGCUGUCCCUGUCAUCGCCCGCAGCCCAUCUCCCCUCUCCACAUCCUCCUCAAGCACCCAGUACAGUGGGGAAGAAAUAGAGCACAGCAUCCGUAACCUAGCCCAGUGCUAUCAGAUACUCCAGCCGGGCCAACAUCCGUGCCUCUGCACCCACGGGCGCGUUUCCUCGGCCUUCUCACACAACAAGUACAGUGUGACUUUAGCAGAGCACUACUCCACCCUCCAGAGGCUGAUGGUCAGUCGGUCACGGUUGCACUUUGCUCGGGAGUGCGCCUCGCGGGUUUCACAGCUAGCUGAGUUUGUGCAGAGUUUGCAAGUUGUCGCCCACGAAGAGUACAACACGCUUCAGGCCCUGCAGACAGGAGGGGAUGUUGAGCCGUACACCAAACUGGAAUAUCUAGCGGUGUUUUGCGAGGAUCUCCGAAUCCACAUGAAUAACUGGACGUCAAUCCAGCACAGACUGUACAGUGAUAAGUACUUGCAGUCUGUGAUGCCAGAGCUCUGUAGGGACUUGUCAGACCUACAGCGCUCACUGGUAUACUGGCGGGAUUGUGCUCUCUGGUGGCUUCAGCAGAUCAUUGCCAUUGGCUUGCGGAUUUUUGCUCACUGCAGCCCCAACACAGCCACGCAGGACAUGCUCUGGAGCAUCGUUAGAGGAACUGAAAACUAUAACGGGAUGUUGGCGUUAAUAAAAGGUCAUCAAAGGCAUCCUGUAACAACUUUACCCUCUCAUCAAGUCCGCUAUCGAUGCUUGAGGUUUAAAAUUGCAGAAGCCUCCUCAAGAUUCACCAGGAGCUUUCAACUAUUCUCGGUGAGCAGGAUACUAAGUAUACUCUCCAAAGAGCGUUCCAAGUUAGCCAGCCUGCAGAUUCUUUUCUUCCUCAUGCGAAACCAAAGCUUCAUUCAUAUAUCCAAGCAGCCUCCUCAGUUGUUUGAUUGGCGCACGUAUCCUUGCAUGGCCAGUGUUAAGACUUCAAGAUCCUCAUCUGAGCCUGAAGCUGCCAAUCCCAGCGCUGCCACCGGAUCACUCCUCACGCUGCGAGACCUCAAAGCUCAGGGACUACUCCAAGAGACAUCUCCUCAAUGUGCAAUCGAAACCCAAGAGGAAGGGUUCAUUUCAAAACUCCUAACUGCCGUCUCAGCCUCCACGGGUCUACUACAGAAACAUCGGCCCUCUGCGUCUACAGAUGAGGGCAGCAAUCAGACCGCUACGCAGAAACUAGCUAAACUCAAAUCGCCGCGCCGGAACGGCGGCAAACACGACACCCGGAAGUCAGUACGUUGGGGUGAUUCCUUCAAUGCUCGCAUCCAGCACGAAUACUUCAACUUGUACAUGGACAUGAUGUGGAGGUGUUGUGGGGAUGAGUUGCGGGACCUUCUACACAGGCCUGGUCUUGGACUUGCAGAGAUUGCCUUAGAUGGAAUCAUGAGUCUGGGUCAUGUGUACCAAUGCAGCGACGCUCUUGUCGUUGCCCUCGGACACUUGAUUGAGCAAACUUGUGGGAAAGGUGUCUUCACAGCUGGAGCUAGUCAGAGUCUACAGAGCAUCUCCCGUCAGCUGAUCAGCGAUGUUGCGUUCAGUCAGUGUCGCUCAGGUAUAUGUCACGCCUUGGCCUGCAGCUUCACAGACAAAUGCUUCGCAGUGAGUGGUCCCUCUUCCAUCAACCAAGGCAGCAAGACGUGUCAGCUGUUCCAGGUAUCGCUGUUACCCCUACUGAGCCUGCUGUCUGCUGCUGAGCACCAGCAUUCAGCAACCAAGGUCCUCCCGAGGGGUGCAUCUCGCAAUGGAGUCACUCCCGCCAUACAGUCACCUAGUACCCAGACUCUCCAUCAGGCCUUAUCACUGUCUAUCAUGGUCCUGGAGGCAUCCAGGCACUGGUGUCUGACUAAGGGCAACCAGUUCCUAGCAUCCUGGUCUGUCAACAAAUUCUUGCUUGUCUCACAGAGUGACCUCAAGAUAACGCUUGACUCCUCAGUGCACAUACUGCAAGCUUGCCAAUGGCUCUCUAGUAGUGCUUCAAAAGAGGUCCAUCAGAGUACAACUCAUCACAAGGAGAAAGACGCAGCGAGAUUGGAAGAACUGAAACUCAAACUAGAUGCCAUCAACUCUAGGCUACAUAUUACGUCAAGCGAACUUCUUCAGGUGUUUGGCCAGCACUGCAGUCAGAUGUGUGCUGAUGUGUGGCAGCAAGGCAUGCCCAUGGGCAAAGUGUGGAGAAAGAAAACCACUGAUGAUCUGCCUACCGAACAUAACCCCUAUGUCCCAGCAGCUGUCAACACAAUAUUGGUCCCGCUGGUAGAGGGAGUAAGUAAUCUCAGGAUAUCAGCCCAGAUUGCCAUCAUAUCCGUCACCGUGACGAACAUGCUGGAGAUGUGGAUGGCGCAUGUACUACGAGAGAAGCCCAAAUUUAGUGUUCACGGAGCCCACCAACUCAGUCAAGACGUGGCAUAUGUGCGCACAUGGCUCAUGUCAGACAGCAAUGGCCUGGAACUACAGACCAGACAGAGCAUGCUCACACUGGACGCCUUCAGGCACUUUGAGGGCGCUAUUUCACUUCUGAAGCACCAGCCACGUCGUAGAGGCAUCAACUCACCCACCAGAGAUGACGCAAAUUCUGAGUACAGCAGCAGCACGGUGCCCAGCAGCGCAGGGUCCCACCAAGGCAGUGUGAGCAGUCUAUCAGACACCCUACCCCCGGGGGGAACCAACACGGUGGGGGAGCCCCUAGCCCUGGGGAACGGCAGCGACAUGGGGGAGAGCGGAUUUGAAGAAGAAAUAUUCCGAGUCCCGCACCGUAAAGAGUGGCUGAGCUUGCGUGUCCACGGCAACCAAAAAUGGCGGCUGUUGCCAUUUGGCUGCCUAAAUGUGGGCGUGGACUCUUGACAGGGGGGCGUAUGUUGCUGGCAGUAGACGAGAGACUAAUUUCAUGGAUCCACAAAGCAGAAAAAGACUGCUUAGCAAAUUUGUAUGCUCAGCCAAAAAUUUCUUGGUAACCAGUCAUGACAAAGCUCAUCUCAUGGAGUUUUGGCUGGUAAACCUGUUUUUGAUAAGCAAGUAUUUUAGUGCUUAGCACAUUUCUGCACUAAGACAGCUCCUUGAAAUUUACCCCAAUUAAUCCCAAUAUAUUCAUAGCAAAAAAUCUAUGAGCUGUUGAGUUUAUCCUACUCUUGCGUUAAAGGCUCCAUACACUUUGGUUCCAAUUUGAUAGGGCUCGGUGCUAAGCGCAGACAUUUUACUUAGCACAAAAAAUAUUUGCUUGUGAAAUAACAGAUGACCAUCCCAUAUCACAUGAGUGUCACAUUGUUUGUGACUGGUUUACAGAUCAUAACGUGUGCCAAGCAGGAUUUUCUGUCCAUGAAAGUUGGACAGAUGGUCUUGCGUCUCAGUACCCGGGAAUGCAAUUUCCAUGGUAAUUAAGUGUCACACUUGGGUGGUUUUCUAAAAUGUUAAUUGGUUCAUCUCCGGUUUCGACUUCAUGUCUGGCUUUUCAGUCAAUUGGAAGUCUGUAAUAUUCAAAUCAAAUGGAAAUUCUUAAGAAACGUAUUCCUAUGUUAAUUAGUUUUGAUUAUUUUGAAGUAGAUGACGGUCUCAUAUUGAGCUUGAUGAGUCUCCCAGGUUAGGAGCAUUAAGUUUCCUGAAAUCAAUACCAGAUCGAGUCAAAGCCAAAGUUUUGGAAACCCAGAUUUUGUUUCAAUUUUACCUCGUAGGUUUUCAAAACUUGUUCAAAGUACUGUCAAAUAGAAUUAAAUCUUUGUCUUCGUAUGUAAAAUAUUGUUCUUUCGCCUUGUCAGCAACAUACACCGUAGCUUGUCACCAGACUACAGGCACGGUUCUUAGUGUGCAAGUCCAGGUCUGGUACCUGAUAACAGAUAUUUUGCUGCCUGUAACAUACAGUGACUUGUAACCGUCCUAUCAAUGUUCUUAUUUCUUCAAAUUGCAAUUAUUAUUAUUUAAUGAAAUAUUUGGGUUGUAUUUGCAAUAGGCCCUGUUUAAUGUUGACAUCCUAGUGUUUCGUCUAUAAAUAAGUAUUAAAUGCUUAAUUGCAUAUCCCGGCAUGUACGUCCGCAGGCAAAUGAUAAUAUAUUACAUUUCUCACCUGUUACUAAGGUUCACCAUAGAUGUGGAGGCUUGGUCGUGCUAUUUUUAGAAAUAAUAUAAGAUGGAGAACAAGGAUAUUUAAGUCCUAGUACAAAGAAUUUGUGCAAAAACCAAAUCCGCCCACAAUUUUUAACUGAUUCAUAAGUGAUGUUUGCUAGUUGACAGUAUUGUUGCACUUGCAACUACUUAAUAUUCUGAUGAUAAACUUCUAUGAAUUUAAUGCCAGAUCGAGUUAUAUAAAUAAGCAUCUAUUUUAUGCACUGAGAGAGGCAUAACUAUUAUUAAUGCAAUUGUAAAACUCCCACCUCAUAUACAUGCAGUCAAACAAAAACAAAA